AUGUCUGGCUACGGUAACGACAACAGCUACGGCGGUGACGAUAGCUACGGCUCAAGCGGCCGCACUGGCGGUACUUCUGGCCGCGACAACGACUCUUACGGUUCCGGUGGCAGAGACAACGACUCGUACGGCUCCAGCGGACGAGGAAACACUGACAGCUACGGCUCGUCCGGCCGUGACAACAACGACAGCUACGGAUCCAGUGGCCGAGACAAUGAUACCUAUGGCUCCUCUAGGACUAGUGGCCUAGGCUCAAGCGGUCGUGACAACGACAGCUACGGCUCCAGUGACCGCGACAAUGACACCUACGGUUCCAGCAACACCAGCGGUCUAGGGUCCCGCCGUGACGACGUCUUCGGAACCGGCAAGUCUAGUGGACUAGGAUCCAGCACUCGUGACAACGACACCUAUGGUUCGGGAACAUCCGGCGGCUUCGGCUCGUCUCGCAACGAUGACGACUCGUACGGCUCCUCCGGUCGUAAGGACAACGAUUCUUACGGCUCCAGCAACACCUCGGGCGGCCUCGGUGGUCGCUCCGGAGACAAUGACUUCGGCAGCAGCGGCACCACCGGUGCGUACGGCUCCAGCGGCAACACCGACAGCUACGGCUCCGGAAACAAGUCGAGCUCGUACGGGCGUUCGGACAACGACGAUAGCUACGGCUCGAGCGGCCGCGGGUCGGGUGGCUACGGUGACGAUGAUAACAACCGCCGCUCGGGAGGCAAGGGUGAUUCCACCGUCGGCAAGCUGAUGGAGAAGGCGGGCGACUUGCUGAACAACGACAAGAUCGCCGGGAGCGGGCGCGAGAAGCGCGAGAACAAGGGCUAUGGCAACAACGAUAAUGACUACUAG